AUGAAAAAGGGAUUUUCUACUUUCAUUUAUGAUGAAAACAGCUCAGAGAAUCCACUGCUCAAAUCCAGCAAUGGGAGUUCAAAAUCAAAUGCAGUUCCUUGCAAGGAUACAUAUGUUCACAGGGUCAAUCAACCUAUGAUCAGUUUUACAGCCAUUCCUUCCCUCAGCUGCAUGGAUGUUUCUACAAGUCAAUCAGAUAACUGUUCAGUUUCUUUGGAUGAGAGCAUGUCCACUUGUGAUUCUUUGGGGAGUCCUGAAUUUGAAUACAUGGACAAAGAUGGCGACUUGGCAGUUAGGGAUAUGUCCAAGAGAGACACAUUUGAGGAGAUUGAAACAGAUUGUGAAGUUGGUGGUGUGGACGAUCCCCAGUUUUGUCCAACAAUUGCAUGCGACACCUAUCAGAACUUGUGUGUAUCUGAGGGGAUAUGUCCAAGAGAGACACAUUUGAGGAGAUUGAAACAGUUUGUGAAGUUGGUGGUGUGGACGAUCCCCAGUUUUGUCCAACAAUUGCAUGCGACACCUAUCAGAUCUUGCGUGUAUCUGAGGUUCAUCAUCUUUUUUCCUUGCUAA